UAAAGAUGCCAAAUAAGGGUGGUGUGAAUCUUCUGCAACACGAGAAACCAAAAAGAUGCACGUUGUCUUUAAGUCCAAGGUGACCAAAGUCACCAAACAUUUCAAGUCUCUGAAAUCAAAGAUGCCCAGAUUUGGUAUCUUCCCAACUGGAGGGUGCUUUGAUGGAUGCAGGGAUCACACACAGCAAUCCUCAGGAUUUGGAACUAGGGUUUGGAACCUGAGUGACAAGCCUGUGGAACUGCAGAUAAGAGUUGGGUCCAUACUAAAAAAGGUUCACACUUUGAAACCAGGCUCCUCAAAGAGGCUGAAGUGCAAGAGCAUAUACAAGGCCUAUAUGCCCGGCGGAGAGGGUGGCGGCAGCGGCGGUGGCAGCAUGAGAGGCUUGCUGUAUUACUAUGACGAAACUUGCCACCCUUACGUUUGGAUUCAUGACACUGGUGGUGAUACAUUGAGGAUGGUCAAGCAGCAGUAUAUCAGUCUUGAGGACCUCAGGGAGUGUUGUGAGAUCAGGAUUUUCAGGGAUCAUCAGAGAGGCUGCGUUUCGGUUCGGAAGAAACCGAGGCCGGAUUUUUGCUGACGGGGGUUUGUUUUUGGCAUCUGUUUUUGUAAGUUUGUAUGUUAUGUAUUUGUAAUGGCAUUGUAAAAGUAUACUAACUUUUAAUGUCUUGGGAUUUUUUUUUUCCUCUUCGGGGGUUUAAUUUGUUUGUUUUAUUGUGUGUGAUUGAAGAAUUCAGAUGUUUUAUGGUCAAAUUAUGAAGAGAUGUGUAAGUAGCACAAAGAUGUAUAUUACUGAAUGAAAUUGUUGCAGGUUUGGAUUUGGUUUAUCUUAA